AUGGAUUCGGUAGGACAUCCGUUAUCUGAGUGUUUUUUAAUGCACUCUGAACAAGAAAUGAACUUAUCGAAGGGGCCAUUGGUGAACAGCAGCAGUGAAGAUAACUCCAAGUCAAGCUACAGUAAAUGCGGCGCGGUCGCCUGGAGGAUGCACCAGAGCUACGAUCCACUAGAGGCCAACCACAUGAGAGACGCACAUGCCCUCUACAACCCCAGGCUUCUCUGCAGAAUGUCCAGUAAGGAGCGUCACCUUGAGUCCAACUGUCCGUCCUCUUAUAUAAAGACUGAGCCGUCUAGUCCUGCCUCCCUGACUGACAGCCUAAACCAUCACUCCCCUGGUGGAUCCAGUGACGCCUCAGGCUCCUAUUCGUCUACAAUGAACGGUCACCCCAACGGCUUAGACUCCCCGAGUCUUUACGGCUCCAACACAGGGCCCCUGGGGCCUGCAGGUGGCCCUGUGUCAAAGCGUUACGAGGACUGUUCGUCAACUAUUGGAGAAGAUUCACAGAUUAAGUGCGAGUACAUGUUGAAUUCGAUGCCCAAGAGGCUGUGUCUGGUGUGCGGGGACAUUGCGUCAGGGUACCACUAUGGAGUGGCAUCCUGUGAGGCCUGCAAGGCCUUCUUCAAACGCACCAUUCAAGGCAACAUUGAGUACAGCUGUCCAGCCACCAACGAGUGUGAGAUCACCAAGAGGAGACGCAAGUCGUGCCAGGCCUGCCGCUUCAUGAAGUGUCUGACUGUGGGCAUGCUGAGGGAGGGUAAGGGAAAAGGUGUUCGUCUGGAUAGGGUUCGUGGUGGGAGACAGAAGUAUAAACGUCGGAUAGAUGCAGACAACAGUCCAUACCUGAACCCACAGCUGGCUCUGCCCCCCAAGAAGCCAUUUGCCUUUGGCUGCCUUGCAGAUAACAAAAUCGUCUCUCACCUGCUGGUGGCCGAGCCAGAGAAGAUUUAUGCCAUGCCUGACCCAACAGUACCAGACAGCGACAUCAAGGCCCUGACUACGCUGUGUGACCUGGCGGACAGAGAGCUGGUUGUGAACAUCGGCUGGGCCAAACAUAUCCCAGGUUUCUCUACGCUGUCCUUGGCAGACCAGAUGAGUCUACUGCAGAGUGCAUGGAUGGAGAUCUUGAUCCUACGUGUUGUGUACCGCUCGCUGUCAUUUGAAGACAAGUUGGUGUACGCUGAGGACUACAUCAUGGACGAGGACCAGUCAAAGCUAGCCGGGCUCCUGGACCUGAACAACGCCAUCCUUCAGCUGGUCAAGAAAUACAAAACUAUGAAACUAGAGAAGGAGGAAUUUGUCACUCUCAAGGCCAUCGCUUUGGCUAACUCAGACUCCAUGCACAUCGAAGAUGUGGAUGCAGUGCAGAAGCUCCAGGAUGUGCUCCAUGAGGCCCUGCAGGACUACGAGGCCUCCCAGCACCAGGAGGAUCCCCGCCGGGCGGGCAAGUUGCUCAUGACCCUCCCCCUGCUCCGCCAGACCUCCACCAAGGCCGUGCAACACUUCUACAGCAUCAAGCAGGACGGCAAAGUCCCAAUGCACAAACUCUUCCUGGAGCUGCUGGAAGCCAAGGUCUGAGGACGGGAGAAUGGACGGAAGGACAACCAGACACCAGUCUGACCCACCUGAGCUUCAACUCAAACUCUCACUUUGAAUGACCUCUUGCUCUUUUACAUGCACACACUCUGACACACACGCACACACUCAGAAAUAUGUCCCAGAAGUAUGUCUGCUGACACAUCACCCUAUGAAGAAACAAAUAACCUAAACCUCUUACCUGAACCCCUGAACCUCCACCGUCUGUGACAAAGGGCGCUCACUUGGCCUUUCGUUUUGGGGGAGAUGCUGACAGACUGACAUGACCCCCCUUUUACCGAGGGAAGAUGAUAAUUCCUUUUAAAACUGUUAACAAUCACUUACCAGUUACCACGGUGACUCUGAACAUUGAAGACGACAAAACUCUUAUGCAUUUAAUAACGAUUAAGAUGUUAUUAAAGACAAACGCUUAAACAAGGACACAUUUAAAAGAAACUCUUCAUUUUAGUCCUGAGAGACUGAAAGACUUCACUCGUGUCUCCUUCCCCUCCCUAUUUCCCCCAACAGAGUUUUUUAAGUGUUCAAGAAGAAGACGAGUGGAGGAAAAAAAAGAACACUAAAGAAGUAUUAAUGACGUUUGUUGUCAAAUUACAUGUACAAUGAAAUUUGGAAGGAUGGACCGUAAAGAAAAGAAGAGGAGAUUUGCCCUGCCAAAGAAUGGAGCUCAUCCAUUCAGAGGACGCCAGCAAACUUAACUUUCACAACCCCGAAACUGUUUCUGCUCUGAUCUACCAGUGGCUUUUAAUGCUGGGCCUCAGAGUGCUGCUGGUUUUCUGCUCACACAGUUCUUUAAAUGUUUCUGGAUAUGAUGAAAACCAGCAGGGCUCAGAGUUUGAUGGACCAGGAUUGGAAACCACUUAAUGGUUCUCCCUAAAUUCAGCUCCUGGUUCCCAUGACUCCCCUACUUCAACUACAACUUAACUAUUUGUUGUAUUUGUUGAGGACCAGUGCCCCUGGCCUCCCAAACCAUCCGUAUUAACAGUGUUUGCACACUCGCCGUGGCUGAAAAUGCUUCAGAUAUACAAACAACAUGAGGUGGGAUUGAUCGACAGAGUUUAUAAGUAAGAAAAAAAUGUUACUAACAAAUAAUGAAAUAAGACCUGUCAUGAAUGGAUUCCUGCUUGUCCAACUGGUAGAUGAAGACUCAGUCCAGAUUCUCUGUGAAGUCAAACUCCCCCCUUGUGAAUGGAUGUCUGUUUGAGACAUUUUCAGCCGCACAGUGGCCCAGGUUUGUAGCUCUCCACACAAACACAAGUCCAUAGAGAUUUCAGUCCGUCUAUGUGCCAUUAAGAAUAGUCCAGCCCAUGCUCAUUACCCAAAACUCCAAAAAACUGCAAAGUAUCACGUCAGUACUCCCCUCCUCGUUCCGUUGCACUCACAACCUCCAGCUCAUCUCUUGUGUCAGUACAGAGAUAAUCUUGUGAUCCACUGAGGGGGUGAUGAGGGAGUUUCAGUCACUCAAUACAAACCAGAGGGAAAGGUGUGCUGACAAAACUGACAGAAGAACAACUAUUGUUCCUUUCAAACUCCUUAUUUUUUCUUUAUUUCUAUCUUAAAAAUAAUCUUAGCAUUGUACCAGUAUUAGGGUUGUAAAUAACUGUCAUCCUGUAUAUGACAUAUAACAUGGCUUUGUUUUUUUUGUUAUUAAUAUUGUCUUCUUAAAACUGAAUCAAUCAAUAUGUCUUUCCUUUUUUCUAUCAGCUUGACCACUUUCAGCAAUUAUCAUAUAUAUAUAAAUAUAACAAGUAAUAAUGUAUUAACAAAAAUCGGCGUUUUCUUAGAAAACUCUGAGCAAUAGUGGUUUUUAACGGAGGGGUUUGUGCAUAUGGACUAAGUCUGCAAUAUUAACAUAAUGUGCCAGUCUUAAAUUCGGGAGAGAGGAAGGGAGAGUUUGUAGCUUCUCUCUGUGUAACUUGCCAUAAGCUAUUAGAUAACAUUCAAUAUUUCCUCUGUUCGAGGCAGCGAGGCAGGAACAAGUACGGACCAUGAGACGUUAAUGCUGCUGGCACGUGAAAGUCGUGUGAAGAAUAAUUAUUACGAGAGCCGAAGAAGUAACACAAGCAGCUAAAAUAUCCAACAUCCAGUUUGAAAAUUACCACACGGUUCUAACGUUAGCACCUUUUCUUGUGGCCAGUCGCUUUAAAUCUAAUUCAAACAAGACAGUUCUUUGUUUAAAAUCAGCUGUCCAGUAAUACAGUUUUUGUCCUAGAGGUAUGUUUCUGUGUGGGGACCAUCAGAAUAACCUGACUGAAUCUGGAUCUGUGCUGAGGGAGAUGGUACUUAACGCAAAAACAAAACAUCAUCCAAACUACAACAGUCGACAGUUUCACGUUAGCUCGCUGCUCCAGUUCUCGCUGUUCAUAGAUGAGUUGGUGUUGUAAUGAUGGAAACCAAUAAUCCUAAUACAAUCUAAAUAAUUAACAAUGAAUAAGUCAGAAAAUGAAAAGUGUUGACCUCUUUAUACAGGUUAAUUACCUUAAUUAAAUUAAGUGGUUAUUGUUGUGAUAUCCACUUUUUUACAUUUUUUUAUUGAACAUUAAAAAUGACUUUUUUAGCGUCAAGAAAUGGAAAGCUGAGCUAACGGGCAGCUGUCUGACAUCCUCCAGUCAGGUGACUUCACUGUUAUGGACUGCACAGCUGACUGAUUACAGCUUUAACAGGUUAAAGGAGUCGAGAGCUUUGUUUUUAUACCAUUAAGUUAUUUGUAAAGCUGAAUAAGAAUGCCAAAACAUGUGAUCCAAUAGAUGGUGUAAUCUAAUAUAAAAUGGCAACUUGUCACAGCGGAGGAGUGCUGCAGUUUUAAGUGUAGUUGAUCUCUAACAUCACACGCUCUCUAUCAAACAUCAGUAUUAUUAGUAAGGGGUAUUUUUCUCAGCCUUCUUAAACAUUGUAUAUUGUAAAUUAUACAGAUUAUAAUUCUAACAUAAGACAUUUUAUUGGAAACAAAAUCGAGAAAAAAAAAGAAAAAGAAAAACAUGUAGUUCAGCCUCGAUGUGUGUUUCAUGUUCGCUGUUUUUUCUAUCAAGAAAAAACCUGUUUUCUUUAAUUUGUAUCUGUUUUUUGUUUUGAAGUCGUCUUUCCGUUCGUUUCCUUUCCUCCUCUGUUGAGUCCUCCGAGGCGUUGCUGUGUACUUUUUUCUUGUGGUGAUUCCCGUUCUUGUGCCGUGUGCUUCUUCUUUAGACAACACGAGUAGAGUAGAGGCCAUGUUGUCUGUCUUGUCGGAUCAGUCCGCUGGGGGUCUGGGUACCGGAUUCUCUCCCAAUGAACCGAACCGGAUAUAAGGCUCUUCUUCUAGUAACUUAAACUAGACCACCAGGAUCAAAUUACAGUAUUCAUCUUUACCAAACUAUACAUUAAUAAUUAAAUAUUUAGUAUCUAAAUGAAGAAACACCAUACAAGUAUUUAAAAAGGGAUCAUUUGUGUAACUUUCCUGUAGAAUAAACACUAUACUGUAUAUCUUUAGGUUUUAAAUAACGAUGAAAUGAAAAGGACAUUUGAGUAAUUCAGAACUGUAGGUGACUCUUUUUUGAUAAACUCGCUGUACAUAACUGCCUUCCAUACGGCUCGGCUCAGUCAUCAUCAUCUUUAACUGUUUCAGCAGUCAAAAAGAGAAAAUAAGAACAUGAAAAACUUUUUUGUGUGUCCUGAUUUCAGCUCAUUUCCAGGAGAAUAUCUUGUUUUACAAGCCAUCGCGCAAGUGAAGGUUAGGACUAAACAUUUUUUGGGAAAUGUUACAGAAAAUUUCAUUUGCACUUGCUGUUUUCUCUUCACCGUGCACUCAUUGCAUUGUGGGACACAUUUCUGCUUCGGCCCCAGUUCUUAUACUCAUUGUACCUCUUUGUACACAUAAAUAGCAUAAAUAAAGAUUCUAGGACUCAUCAGAGGUCUUAAACAUCGACAUAUAAUGUUUUUUAGAGAGGAAGUAUACAUACCAAUUAUUUCACAGGUGCAUAUAUAAGAUACUUGUAAGUGAAAUCCCCGACGACAGAGUUGAAUUUUCCUGUUUUGAUUGUAACUUCAAACACGGGCUCAUUGUCAGGACGAUGGUAAUCCUUACCAUCAUCUGCUGUACAUUAAUCUAAAAACAACUUAUGGAAGAAAGGUGCUCUUUUUAUUACGACUGUUUCUCUUCUGUUUCUGUUUUUAUUUUGAUUUGUCAGUUGUCAAACCAAUCCUGUGUACUUCUGAUCAGUUCGACACCAUGAAAGAUGUCGCACAUCUCCCCGAGGUGACGAAGGCUGAGCUGGAUUUUGGUUUUCAAGACAAACCAAGUUUAAGUUCUGCUGGUAGCAAGCACUGAUUUUGUACAAGUUCCAAAAUGUACAGAAAUAUCAAAAGAUCUGUGUUGAUUAAGCAAUUCAUAGAAGAUGAUGGUCAUGACUAAAAACAGAACAAAUCCACCAGCUGAAAUCUGAAGGGAGGUCGUGUGACUCUUUCAGAGGUUUUGAGAAAACUUUGCUGCUCGUAGCCAAGAUCUGGUUUGGACGUAGGAGACAAAAGGGAUUUCCCUUGAUCAGAUUUUAAUUUUUAAAAAAAAGCAAUAUUUUGAUGACUGUACAAUGACGAGACAAGAGUUGCACUUGUUUGUGUUGAGUUGUACAUCCACAUUCUGUCGUAGCUAUUAAGAUUAUCUUGCAGUUAGUGUUAAAACCAUAUAAAUGACAACAAACCAAACUGGUAUUUUCUAGGUGGAGCGUUGGAAGAAGGACUGUCUGGGUUUUCUGCAGAGCCACUGAUAGAAAGAGUUUGACCUGGUUGCACUUUGCGGCACCACGUUUCCGCCCUCAUCUGGAACUUAGAUCCAUUAGCAGCAAAUACUCGUAUGUAACAAUAGUGUAGCGGGAAAACAGAAGGGUUAUUUAGGCAGGAUCGACCAUCUACCAUGGCUGCCCCUGAAAUCUGCUAAGGCCAAACUGUGUCUAUCUACAGCUCUACAGUGUUUAGUCAUUUAGUUGUAUUUAAUCCCCAAAUGUAACUGCCACUCGUGCUGCAGCUAAACCUGCAGCCUGAAUUUGCAAAUGUGAAGAAAAUAUUGAAGGGAGAGAGAGAGAGAGAGAUGAAACAUUAGGAUACAAAGGAUAUUUAAAGACAAAAGGACCCUUUGGGUGGUGGACGAGUUGUGUUCGAGAGAAGACCCUGUAGUGUUAUUAAGAACAUGUCUGUAGAUUUUAGAUGUGCUUCACAUCAGUAAAUGAAAAAAAAAAAAAAAAAGAAACAAUAACCUGUAUAUUUUUGUGGCGUGUAUCAUACAAGUGUGCUCCAACAAUAAUGUCCAUUUGUGUAAAUGUAUUUAUUUCACAUUGUAUAUAUUGUUCAAUGCAAAAAGAGAGACCUAUGAUUCUGUAACUUAAACUACUAUGGGUUGAAACAUUACAUGUGUUACUCCAGACUAUGCCUUUCAGGAUUAUUACAGUAGAGCAAUAUCAAUUAAAACCAGGCUUCCAGUUUUGACACCUG